AUGUCCUUCUCUCUACGAGGGCGGGGAACAUGCGGACAUUUGCACAUGAUACUGCCCUGCCUGGUGGCAAAUAUGAACCGGGAGAUGUGGAUCAAGAGGGCACAGCUAGACGAGAAGCAUUUGAAGAAAUCGGCGUCCCCAUCGACCAAGAAAGGAUCAGAAAGCUUUGCUUGCUCGAUCCGUUCCUCACUGGCAAUGCGCUCAUCGUUACCCCGUGAACAUGCGAUCGUAUUUCGUACUGUACAAUCGCUGACCUUCUGCAGCGUGGUAUUUGUCAUAACAGACCGUGCAUUGACACCGCUGCUCAACCCCGACGAGGUGUCGAGGCUGUUUUCCAUGCCCCUAGCCUCGUUUCUUCAUACCAGACCCUCGCAGAUACCCUCUUUCGCAUACUCUAUAUCACCUCGACUUGCAACGUUACCACCCGGCGCAAUCGAUUCCAUACCACCGCCCCCUCCCAUCCAUUAUGCGGAAGACGAAGGUACUGUGGGAGGAAAAGAGGGCAGAUACUACGGAUGGCGAGAUGUAAAGUGGGGUGCCGGACUUGUGAGGAUGCACAGAUUCUUGACAGGCAGAGAGAGUGAGGGAGUGAAGCCGGUGUAUGGGCUAACAGCGGCCAUACUCAUCAGAGCCGCAUCUGUGGGGUAUGGCGUCGAUCCUGAAUUUGCAGUCUACGCCCCCGGGCAAAGUAGCAUGGACGAUCGCAUCGAAUACGAAAUUCAGCACGGGAAUGGGGCUCUGCGCAGAGCCAUCGAGUCCGAGGGCCUCUCAAUGGACUGGAUUAUUUCAGCAAAAUUGUGA